AUGUCUGGUAUUGCCCAAAUUAGUUGUGGUAAUCAUCACAUACUGGCCCUCACAAGUGAUGGCCGGGUCUACGCCUGGGGUCACAACAAUUGGAGACAAAUUGGUUGCGGAAUAAAUGAAAGCGAGGAUAAGACUACAAGUGAUGGUAACUAUAAAACCCAAUUCAUUGAGAUGUCAGCCACAGGUUCGGGUGGUUUUGGGACUGUAUUUAAAGUAAAGCAUAGAUUGGAUGAUAAGAUAUAUGCCGUUAAAAGAGUUCAAUUUGGGGAUUUUAGUGAAGAUAAGAGACAAAAAGUUUUAGCAGAAGUGAAAAGUUUGGCAAAACUGGACUCAAAAUAUGUGGUAAAGUAUUACAACUCAUGGCUUGAGUCCAAUCAUCUCUUCAUUCAAAUGGAGUUCUGUUCACAAAGUCUUAAAUCUGUUCUCAAAGACAAACCCAUUGUCUUCGAGAGA